AUGACUAAAGGUACAUUCAGUUUUGGUCGUAGACACACCAAGUCCCACACCUUAUGCAGAAGAUGCGGUAAAUCAUCAUUCCACAUCCAAAAGAAGACCUGUGCUUCAUGUGGUUAUCCAUCCGCCAAAACCAGAUCUUACAACUGGAGUAUUAAAGCUCAACGUAGAAAGACCACCGGUACCGGUAGAACCAGAUAUUUGAAGACUGUCCACAAGAGAUUCAACAGUGGUUUCAAAGAAGCCUCUUUAGCCGUCAAAAAAACUGCUGCUAAAUAA